AUGCUCGCGCACGGCGGCGCGCCGCCGCCGCCGACCGCUCCGCCUCGCCGCGCCCGCGCCGCCGACCGUUGGCCCGGCACGAGGAGAGGCUGCGACAGCAGCGGGCAGAGCUGCUGCAAGAGGCCGGCGCGCGCUGCUGACCAUCCGGCGGACACACGGUGCAGUCACGAGGCGCGCGACGCGGCGGGGGUGGCGGAGGCAGCGAGCAGGCGGUUGAUCGAGGUCGAGGGGGAGCUACAGCAGCUGCGUGCCGCGGCGUCCGCCGAGCGUAAUCGGUACGAGUCGAUGUUGCGUGAGGAGGCGGUGCGCGCGGCAUCCGUCGCCGAGCAGCUGGAGGCGCAGGCCAAGGCGCUCGAGGCUGCGAACGCCACCUUGUACCAGGACAAGUAUGCGUUGGAGACGGAGGUGGGGGGUCCAACCAUGGAGGCGGUGGGAGUCGAUGCGGCGAUCGCAAGGGCGGAGAGAGAGGCCAGCGACCAACAGGCUGCCCUUUUGCGCAACCAAGCUCUGAUCACACGCUUGAAGGAGCGCUCCAAGCGCCUUGACGGUGAAGGCACGCUCGUUGAAGCCAAAGCGCCGCCGCCGCCCAGCCGGGACAAGCUUGCCUUCAUGGCGCGCGCCCUCCUCGGCAUGGCGCAGCAGCAGUUUCAGCGGGUUCAGCCAGUGAGCAAGCCACUGGAGCACUCUCCCGAGCCGGAAAAGGAGAUGCUGGAGACGGCAGUGCGCAAGCCGGAAAACGAGAUGGAGACGGCAGUGCGCAAUGCCCUCCGAGAGCUGCCGGCGCCGCUGAGCGCCCAUGACAUCGAGGCGGCGGUGGGGCGGGCGGUACGCGAAGCCCCGAUCCGCGUCGAGGUGCGAGGUGAGCUGAGCGCGGUCCAGCAGCGGGUUGCGCACACGCUCGGCUCCUACGAGGCGCAGUCGUGCGGCGAUGAGGCGCGAGAGCGGGAGCUGUCGAUCGCCGACCUGGGCGACGCUGCCCGCGCGCGUGCUGAGAUUAUCGUACGUUCGCUCGGCGACGCGGCGAGUGAGCGGACGGCCGCAAUCAAGCAGCUGCGGGAGCAAGCCUCGAGCACGGUCGAGGCGGCCCAGGGCCCCCGCGGCGUCAGGGAGGAGGCGUGGUCGCGAUUGGAGGCUGACGCCGACGAGACCCUUUCAGCCGCCUUCUACCAGGGACUGUGCGGGGUCGAGGCGCAGCAUGGACGAGUCUUCACGUCAGGCGGCGCUCUGCUCACCUCGGCGGGCCGAUUGCACCGCGCGUCGGCCGCGGCCUUUGCCGAGGCGAGCCGCGCGGCGCAGCUCGACCAGCAGGUCUGCCUUCUCGCAUCCGAGCUCGAGCAGGUCGAGGAGGAGCGCGCGUCCGCCGAGGCUGGCCUCCGCGACAAAGCCACUAGGAUGCUGAGCAGCUCGCAAUCACCCACACGCAAGGCCUUGGUCCGGGCAGGGGCUCCGAGGGAGCCACCCCGCGCGACGUCGCCCUCGGGCGGCGCAUCGCCAGCCGAGGUGUCCGCGUCCGCGCUCACGUACGUAUCCGAGCUGAGCGACUGGCUCAAGGAUGUGCUCGGAGGAAAGCACGUCGACGAGGUGACAAACACGCUCGUCACAGCCUUUCGCGCUUGCGCGGCCGCCGCGGAGGCGGACGCCGCUGCGCUGGUCGCGGCGGCAUUUGGUGCCGCGGGGCCAGAGCGCCCGUCGGAGCGGGACAGAGCGGCCAUGGAGCGAGCUCGGUUGCGGGUGAAGGGGCACAUCGCCACGCAGGGCAAGUCCGACGGCAAAGCGGGGGCUACGGAGCUGUCGGUGCAGCCAAGCGAUGGCGUCGAGCCGCUGUCAGAGGCGGUGGCAAGCUCGGGAGGGGGCGCCGAUAGCGAUAGCGAGGAGGAGGCGGCAGAGGCCGGUGAGGAAGAAGAGGAGGUGCUCGCCAAAAGCCACGACGGGGAGGAGCAGGCAGACGCGAAGGCUGGGGCGGAGGAGCCGUCAGAGGCUCUUCCAGGCGGCGCACUGGCUGACGCGGAAAAACGGCGACCGCUGCUGGUGGCCGACAGUGGCGGGUUGGGGGAGCUCGAGAGGAAGGUGGCGGAGGAGCCUAGCGUGCGACACCCUCGCAACACAGGCGGCGAAGGCGGCACCGGGGCGCAAGAGAGGGGCGGGUCGGCGACAUCGGCGGCCGCGCGGGAGCCAGCAUUCCCUCAGGAUGGCUCGAGUGAAGCCGCCAUCCGCGCAUCCUACGAGGCGGAGCUCCUCGAGAUGGAGGUCGAAUUUGACCGGUACUGUGCCGCAGCGGAGGCCCACUGCAAGGAGCUGAAGUCGGAGGUGGCGAGAUCCGCCUUGGAGGCGGCCUUGCUCGGCGACGAGCUGGACGGUACAGAGGUCGAGCUUGCGGACGCCUGCGCGUCGCGCGGGGCAGAGGCGGCCGAGGCGGACACACGGUGCAGUCACGAGGCGCGCGACGCGGCGGGGGUGGCGGAGGCAGCGAGCAGGCGGUUGAUCGAGGUCGAGGGGGAGCUACAGCAGCUGCGUGCCGCGGCGUCCGCCGAGCGUAAUCGGUACGAGUCGAUGUUGCGUGAGGAGGCGGUGCGCGCGGCAUCCGUCGCCGAGCAGCUGGAGGCGCAGGCCAAGGCGCUCGAGGCUGCGAACGCCACCUUGUACCAGGACAAGUACGCGUUGGAGACGGAGGCUGCGGAGGCGGUGGCGAGGGCCGACGCGUUGGUCGCGGAGCUGUCGAGCGCGGACUCGCUUCGGGACGCGCUGGCCUCGCGUUUGGCAGAGCUCGAGGCCGCAGCGGAGGAGUGGAGGCGGCAGCCGAGCCUUGGCGGAGACGCGCCUUCGCCCGCACCGCACGCCCCGUCGCAGAGCGCCGCGACGCAAGUCUCGCGACCUCCGUCGCUCUGCGGCUCGCGACCGGUCUCGGGGUUGCGCAGCGCCGGGCCGGCGAUGCUGGAGGGCCGGGAGCAGACGGCGGUCUGGUACUCGUCCAACAGAUACUUGGGAUUCGGAAAGCCCAAAAGCCCGUCCUGCACAGACUGGGGUUCCGAGCCCACGGUGCCGGAGAAGGACAGGAUGAAGGACCCAGCUGGGGCGAAAAGCGUGGCGCCCAUGAUGUCGGGGGGGCUGACGCAGCUCUCCGGGUUUGAGAUCGAGUAA